UGGUGGUGGUGGCCGAAAGGGAUGUCCUGUUUUCAUCAGAGACUCGGGCGUCCAGGGAAAACUUGAGACCCUGGAAGGAGCAGAGAGAGUCGUUCCCCACUUCGGACCUGCGGAUCCCGGGCUGGGACAGACAAUUGAACUUCAGGAUCCGUCCCCACGCAGUCCGGGGAGACAGGAGUCUGUUUCUAAUUGAAGAAAGCUGCUUCUACCUGGGAGUAGCAAGAAAAGUGAGGAAACCACAUGGAAGACACCCAGGAUUUAAAUGAGCAAUCAGUAAAGAAAACGUGCCCAGAACCCGAUGUUUCAGAACCUCAGAAUUCCAGGUCUAUGGAAAUGCAGGACCUAGCAAGUCCUCAUACUCUGGUUGGAGGCAGUGAUACUCCUGGAAGCUCCAAACUGGAUAAAUCCAGUCUCAGCAGCACAUCAGUCACUACAAAUGGGACAGGAGUGUCUCUUCUUGCAGUCAAAACAGAGCCCCUGAACAGCAGUGAAACCACAGCUACGACUGGAGACGGAGCGCUUGACACUUUUACUGGGUCAGUAAUAACAAGCAGUGGCUACAGCCCACGAUCUGCACAUCAGUACUCCCCACAGCUCUAUCCUUCCAAGCCCUAUCCACACAUUCUUUCUACACCAGCAGCUCAAACAAUGUCUGCCUACGCAGGCCAGGCUCAGUACUCGGGGAUGCAGCAGCCAGCGGUCUACACAGCCUACUCCCAGACAGGACAGCCCUACAGUCUGCCCACUUACGAUUUGGGUGUGAUGUUGCCAGCCAUCAAAACCGAGAGUGGACUUUCCCAGACUCAGUCUCCAUUACAGAGUGGCUGCCUCAGUUACAGCCCAGGGUUUUCUACCCCACAGCCGGGCCAGACACCUUACUCUUACCAAAUGCCAGGUUCCAGUUUUGCACCAUCCUCUACUAUUUAUGCAAACAAUUCAGUUUCCAACUCCACAAAUUUCAGUGGGUCACAGCAGGAUUAUCCAUCCUACACAGCCUUUGGCCAAAACCAAUAUGCACAGUAUUACUCAGCAUCAACAUAUGGGGCAUAUAUGACAUCAAAUAACACAGCUGAUGGCACAUCAUCAUCAACCUCGACUUACCAGUUGCAAGAAUCUCUUCCUGGAUUGACUAGCCAACCAGGAGAGUUCGAUACUGUGCAGAGCCCCUCCACACCUAUCAAAGAUCUUGAUGACAGAACAUGUAGGAGUUCUGGGUCAAAGUCUAGAGGAAGAGGCCGGAAAAACAACCCUUCCCCACCUCCCGACAGUGACCUGGAGCGUGUCUUUGUCUGGGAUUUGGAUGAGACCAUCAUCGUUUUUCACUCACUGCUCACAGGGUCUUAUGCACAGAAGUAUGGCAAGGACCCUCCCAUGGCUGUAACACUUGGACUCAGAAUGGAAGAAAUGAUCUUUAAUCUUGCUGAUACCCAUUUGUUUUUUAAUGACUUAGAGGAGUGCGAUCAAGUUCAUAUAGAUGAUGUUUCCUCUGAUGACAAUGGUCAAGACCUAAGUACCUACAGUUUUGCAACUGAUGGCUUCCAUGCAGCUGCAAGUAGUGCAAACCUUUGUUUGCCAACAGGUGUAAGAGGAGGAGUGGACUGGAUGAGGAAGUUGGCUUUUCGUUACAGAAGAGUAAAGGAAUUAUACAACACCUACAAGAACAAUGUUGGAGGACUCCUUGGCCCUGCCAAGAGGGAUGCAUGGCUGCAGUUAAGGGCAGAGAUUGAAGGCCUGACAGAUUCCUGGCUAACAAAUGCACUUAAGUCUUUAUCAAUCAUUAGUACUAGGAGUAACUGUGUCAAUGUCCUGGUCACAACCACCCAGCUGAUCCCAGCACUCGCGAAGGUUCUGCUCUACAGUUUAGGAGGUGCUUUCCCCAUUGAGAACAUUUACAGUGCAACGAAAAUAGGAAAAGAAAGUUGCUUUGAACGAAUAAUGCAAAGGUUUGGCAGAAAAGUAGUAUAUGUUGUAAUUGGGGAUGGUGUAGAAGAAGAACAGGCAGCAAAAAAGCACAACAUGCCCUUUUGGAGGAUAUCAAGUCACUCGGACCUCUUGGCUCUACAUCAAGCACUGGAAUUAGAGUAUUUGUAACUGCUCUCUAGCUGGGGAUCCAUUUGUUUAUAUAUAUAUGUAUAUAUAUAUAUACAUACAUACAUAUAUAUAUAUAUAUUUCAAGUACACUGAAGUUUUUAUGUGUGAUUUAAUGCCUCUGGCUUCUUCUACACAUACAAAUUGUCUUAAAGGAUGAAAUCAUAUUUGGAAUUAAAAUUCCAGAAUGAAGAAUGCAGAUUGCAGAAUGAAAUUAGACUCUAUGGCUACAGAAAGAAGCUCUAUGGUCUUAUCAUCUUUUCAAUACUUUAAUUGUUAAAAUUUUUGUAAAAAACACAAAAAGAAAGAAAGAAAGAAACCAAUCUGUGGAGUUUGCUGAUACACACCGAAUGAAUCCUAACUGGAAUUAACAGCUUUAGCAAAGAACUCUACCCCUCCCAAGCCACAAACCCUGUGCUACGUCUUCACAAGGUAGUCGACAACAUUCCUCAAAGUGGGAGCUCUUCUUGGUCCUAAGGUUCAAAUCUGACUUUAGCCUGUCUAGCCCAGAAAAUCUGAAUUGGAAUGCACUCACCUGUUUAAGGACAGUCCUAUCUAUACCUGUAAUUUAUGUAAAUUAUUGAUGGAGAUAAUUAACUGUGACUUUGUUAGCAGCUGAUUUUGAAAGUGGAUGCAAUUUUUCUUUCAUUCACUGGGGAGGGAUAAGGGAGGGGAAAAUGAGAAUAUAAUACUGUCUCUUUUUUUAAGUUUGGCAAGCAGAAUGUUCAUACUGAUGUGUUGUGCCUUAAAGACAAGACAACGUUUGUGUGUUACAAGGUAACUUUUGUUAAAAUCUCUGUAGAUGAUGAAAACCAACCAACCAAAUAAAAACCCUAUAUGACAUUUAUUAACAUGACCAAAUUUAAAAUCCAAGCUAUCAAAGUUUAAUAUUGUAUCACCAAAAACCUGAGCAUUUUGUCACACUAAGAAACAGAAGUUUGUGGUGGUUAUUUAGGGUCUUAAUAAUUCCAAUAACUGUA